UGCACAUCAGCUGCAGCAGGAGGAGCCUGCUGCUAUUUAAAAACGCUCUCCAGCUCAGAUCAGCUGUACUGUUACUUACCAACAGAGCAGCGACCCUCUGUGAGAGAACAGACACUAGGAUACAAGGAUAUUUAUCUGCAUCGUAGUUUUCAUCGCGGUGUUUGGAUUGUUGGUCCCGUUUCUCCGCUUGGAUAACAAUGCGGCUCCGCUCACACUCGGCAGAGACGGAAGGCCUCAGUGGGAGACCCGCUGGAGGGAGACGGUUUAACGUCAGACUGCCAAAGAUCUUUGGGGGCCAGAGAAGACCGUCCGGUCAACACGCGGACAACACCUCCACGACUGAUGGACACCAGUCACCCCACGAAGAGGAGCCCCGAAAAGUGAACCUGACAUUUGAGCAAAUGCUGGAGGAGCAACUGUUUUGUGAGGCCAGCCAGCUGCUGAUAAAGAGAGAGGAGCGUCUGUUUGGGGAGAUAACUGAGGCAGAUGCACUCAAACGUCGUGAGGAAGAAGCAGACAAACUUGCUGCCGACUACAGACAGUUGGCAGACCUCAUAGUGCAGGCUCUGAAGCUCUCUCUUUCCCCGGGAGAAGUCAGCGUGGAGGCUCUGACGUCUGCUGUGAAGGCCAUCAACCAGGAGGUGGUCCAGGACAAGCAGUGGAAACAGAGGGAUCGCACACAGCCGGCCUGGAGGCCCAGCGAGUGGAAGAAGCUCCAUGACGACACACUUCGCAGCUUGGUGGAGCAGCACAUGGAUAACCCCUCGACGCCCUCGGCUAUAGAGAUGGAGCAGUCGACUAUCCUGAAGGACAUCCACGCUAUGGGCAGGCAGCUGAAGGAGGACCUGCUGUUGGUGGUGAGAACAGUGAAGAACUGCUACCCGCCCGAGAUGAACAUCUGUAACUUUUACGCCAGCCUGUACCACCAAAACCUCAGCGCCAGACUCAGAAAGAUUGCAGAGUUUGUUCUGGAGGACAAGGACUGUACUUUUCUCCUGCGCUGGGUGAACGAGUUUUAUCCAGAAAUCCUUCAGAAGCCGGAAUUGGCCGCUGACAUCGACGGUGAAGCGUUGGAAAAGCUGCUACCAAAGGAGUUACUGGAACCUCUGGAGGACCAGUACUUAAGCAAACAGGAGGAGGAGCUGACGACUUACAUCGGUCGCGUCCUGGACGAAGCGAAGGAGAAGUGGAGUAAGGGAGAGGAACCGACAAGAGAGGACGACUGCUACGCCAGUCCGUUGGCCUAUGACAUCAUCCAGGUUGUCAGUGGGAUGGUGAAGUCAGCUGAAAGGGUCGUGGGAGACCAGCACAAAGCCCAGAGCAUCACGUGCCAGCUGAAAGACUUGAUGCAGAGCUUCAAGAACUUCCAGAAUGACAUCAUGAAGCAAAGCAAAGCGAACAGCGGGGCGUUCAUCAAGGCGAAUCUCGGCUGCAUCAAACAGUUCAGUGACGUCCUGCAGCAGCAGAGCCAUCUGUUCCCAGAGGAUGUGCGGAAAACAUGUCUGCUCAUUCUGCCCGACAUGAAGCAGUCUGCCCACAGAUAUUUAUUAAAACCUGUGCACGAGGCCCUCAAGCCACAUUACCGCAAGCUGGGAACCAACGACUGGCUGAAUAAGCCCGUGUUUGAGAAUCUGCUGGCCGGCAUUGAUCAAGAGGUUCAGGAUCUUCAGGGUUCGCCUGACUCGUGUCACCAGGAGCUGAUUGGCCAGCUGCACCAGGAAGUGACGACUGAGUACGUGAAGAGGCUCCUGAAAGGAGAGAUCAAACUGAAGGACAAGAAGCAGCAGCAGGAGGCUUAUGAGCUCAUGAAAGACAACGCGGAGCAUUUGUGCAAGUUAUUUGACCACUUGAGCUCGAAGGAGGACUGGCUGAAGGACGUCCUCACCAAGAUUGCAGAAGUGCUGAAACUCCAAGACCUCCCAGCCAUUCAGAUGCACAUAGCAUCACUGGGAACUGCUUUCCCUGACCUCAGUGAGAAACACGUUUCAGCCCUCCUCAAGCUCAAGACCAACCUGUCCAGAGCGGACAGGAAAGCCGUCAAAGCCACUCUGUCGGAUACUUUGAGGGAAACCAGCUGUGUCUCAGCGCGGACGUUUUUCUCCGACGUUCAGGUCAAAUGAAUGUGUGACGCUGCUGCUUAAUCCCGUCUGUCGUGAGCAACGAUGAACGUAACACAGAAGAACAAAGCUUAAAAGCCUUGAAUGUUGUGAGGGCUGGGAAGAAUACUGUUCUGUUUGUACUGUACGGAUGUAUAACAUUCACUUCACAUUGCCGUGGUAAAUAUGCUGCUUUUUACUGCUGAAACAUCUGGUCAGGUGUGUGUGAGCAAAGCUCAGUGCUUGAAUGUGUAAUUCACUGUUAGUGUACAUUUUUUUUUAUCAAAUCAGUGUUUAAGUUUAUUUUCCUACUCAUGUACAAUUAAGGUAGAAGUCAGCCUUAAAUUUUAUUGUUUAUCUCAUGUCAAAUGAUGUACAGAAUAUUGCUGGAGAAUGUGUUAAAUGUAAAUUAAGUUUAUAAAUAAACUGGGUGAAAUCUCA